GUGUAGGAGGCGGCUCAUCUAAUUUAGUCACCCGUCAUCAAUAAACAAACACUCGUCAGUCUGCUUAACGGGACCAGGCAUCGAGAUCAAGCUGGAGCGUUGUGUUGGUCUUGGCUUGUUGUGUUGUGAUUGCUGCAUCGCCUGUCAUUUCUCAGUUCUCACCUUCGCCAUGCCUCUCCCACCUGCACUAGCCGCCAAGCUAGCCAAAAGGGGAAUUAUCAGUGCCCCAAAGGAUCCAGAGCCGGAGUCAGCUGGAGGCACUGAGGAGGAAAUCAUUGCCGAGGACUACGAUGAGACACCCCAGCAGCCGCUCCCCCAUGCCUACCCACAGCUGGAGCCACAGACAAUUGACCCCUUCCAGGGGUACCCGGGGUGUCCCAACAAGUGGAAUGUGUUUCACGAGUGCAAUGCAAUCUGUCGGGACCAGUGGAAGGAUCGCAGCUUUGUGGAGCCUGAGUACGACCGUCGGCGCCUCAAGAUGCUGGCAAAGUACCCGCUACCCACACACUGGCAGGAAGUGCUGGAUCCCGGCAUUGGCCGGUACUACUACUGGAACACUGAGACAGACCUGGUGUCGUGGCUGCCUCCUGGUCACCCUCGCUGUCAGGUGUCCCGCUCGGCUGGCACCCUGCGCAAAGAGAUGGUGGCUGAGAUGCACAAGAACCGCAACACCUCAGGGGCCGGCCAGCAGCAGGAUAAUGACGUGGAGAUGACCAGAGUGGAGAAUGAGGAAGGUCCUGAUGGAGAAGAACAUGGCAGUGAUAAGUCUGAGGGCUCCGGGGAUGAGGGCAGUCAGAGAGACAAGAGGGAGGUGGAGCGGUGGGAGCGCAGGGACAGGGACAAGGGGAAGGAGCGGAGCCGAGGGAGGGACCGUCGCGGGGGACGCCGCCAACCACCCACUGAGGAGCUGGACCCCAUGGACCCUGCUUCCUAUGGGGACUGUGGCAGAGGCACAUGGUCGUCUGGGCUGCCACAGAAGAAUGAGGCACGCACUGGGGCCGAUGUGACGGCCAGCGGUCCACUGUUCCAGAUGCGGCCGUACCCGUCACCUGGUGCGGUGCUCAAGGCCAACGCUGCUGCCUCCACCAUAGGCCCCAAGAAGGCAUAGGCCACUAGCACUGUAAUGGCUUGGUAUCCUCAGUCACUCAUUUGAUGUGCCCUCACUGAGAUUCAUAACAUUGAUCCCUUGGACAUCCAUGUAGUCAAGAGACAUCCUUGUAGCCAAGAGGCAGAUCUAUGUAUGUGGUGAAUCACAUCUGGAAAGGUGUAGUGUCUUUCCUUCAUGUCUUAUGAAAUCUGUUGUACCAAAUGGAACACACAAAGAUUAUUAAAACCUGUUUUAUUUAA